CGGGAGCUCGAGACCAGCCUGAGCAAGAGGGAGACCCCAGCUCUACUAAAAGUUAGCUAGGCACUGUGAUAAACGCCUGUAGUCCCAGCUACUUGGGAAGCUGAGGCACAAGGAUCACUUGAGUCCAAGAGUCUGAGGUUGCUGUGAGCUGUGAUGUUGCCGGGCACUGUACCCAGGGUGACAGAGUGAGAUUCUCACUGUCUGGUGUCACAUAGUUGCUAUCAGACAUCCGAGGUCCUGAUGGAGGCAGGUUUUGCAGGUGAAGACAUCUGGAUAUUGCAGACUACGUGCCUGCCACUGUUUUCUUACUUUCAAGUCAUAACGCACGCGUUCGGAGCUCUGCAAAGCGUACCAUCCCCAUCAGAGACCACAGGGAAAAGGACCCAGUUCUAUGAAAUUUAAAAGAAUGACAACUACUUACUACGGUCCCUUGUCGGCCUUGGUCCUGGGUGCCGCAGUGCUUUGUGGGUAAUGUGGUUCCUGCGCGCCGCGGCCGCCCAGACCGAAAGGAACAAAAACUAAACUUCCCAGCAAGCAGCGCACGCGCCUGGAAAGAGGGGCAAGAUGGCGGACGCCGAUGACCGUGUUUUGCAGGUAGCGGCAACUGCCGCUGCCCCAAUUUCAUUUGGCUUCACUCGCACGUCCGCCCGGAGGCGGCUGGCAGACGCGGGAGAUAGUGCAGAGCAAGUCCCAGAGGAAAAAGAUUUCUUGAAGACCGUGGAAGGAAGAGAGUUGCAGAGUUUGAAGCCCUCAGAAGCCCCCAAGGAACUCAUCAUCCCUUUGAUUCAGAAUAGCCGUCGCAGGCAGCAACUGGCACAGCCCCCUGGGCCAUCCAUGGGUCCUGGGGACACGGUGGAUCAGAUGCUGUCUCAAGCCAUGAAGGAGCUCAUUGAGGAAUCCAAGAAGUCUCUGGAGGAGAGAGAGAAUGCGGGUAUCGACCCAACGCUCGCUAUCCCUAUGAUCCAGAAAGGAUGCAUCCCCAACAGGGAAGGGGCAGACAGCGAACCCUGGGCUGAGACAGUGCCUGAGGAGGCUAAUUAUGAGGCAAUGCCUGUGGAGGCCUAUGGAAUGGCCAUGCUGCGGGGUAUGGGUUGGAAACCUGGCGAGGGCAUUGGCCGCACCUUCAAUCAGGAGACACAGGGCUCAGGUCUAUUGGAGGUAGAAGGCCUUGAUCCUGACAAUGUCCGGGCCAUGGUGCGUCUGGUUGUUGGGAACCGCAUGGUGACUGUUAGUGAGUACUGCCUGCGGGCUGUGUCCCAACAGGAGUUUGACAAGAACUCCUUGGAUCUCACCCCAGGGCAAGAGAAUGGGACAACCUCAUCACGGAAAGCCCUCCAGAAUCAGGACCUUCAUGUCCAGCGAGAGAACUGUGAGAAGAAGCGGAAACACCUUCCAGACCGACACGAUGAGCCUGCAGCCAAGGGUGAGAAAGCAGCCCCCAGGAGACAGCACUGGUUGCACAGGGACCUGCAUGUGCGGUUUGUGGACAAGCUGCACAAAGGUGGCCAGUAUUACAACACCAAGAUGACAAUUGAAGAUGUCCUGAGUCCAGAUACCUGUGUAUGUCGGACAGAUGAAGGCCUGGUCCUGGAAGGCCUGAGGGAAGACAUGCUGGAAACCCUAGUUCCUAAGGCAGAGGGCGACCGUGUGAUGGUGGUACUUGGCUCCCACGCUGGGAGGGUGGGACAUCUACUGGGCCGGGACAGAGCACGGAGCCAGGCUUUGGUGCAGCUACAGAGAGAAAAUCAGGUGGUGGAGCUUCACUACGAUGCUGUCUGCCAGUACGUGGGCCCUAGUGACACAGAUGAAGACUAAUUCACAGGACCAUCCCCAUCCCCUAGGCUGUUACCAUUCUGUACAGUAUGAGAAAGUUGCCUUAGAGAAAGGAUGGGAAGAUAAUUGUUCCAUCCUCUGCUUGCGCUAGCGUCGUGGGACAGAGACAAAAGCAAUAGAUGGACCAGAGGAAACCUAGAACGAAACCCAACAUUUACCAGUAUUUAAUGUAUAAUAAAAACCAUUUCAGAUACUUA